AUGGCAGAGCCCCAGCCACCCUUCCCAGGAGCAGAUCGAAUCCGCUCAUUAACAGACCAAGACUCCAUCUUCAGAGCCUUUGACGCCUACCCCUGGACCAAAGACUCGGCCUUUCUGUCCGGCCUCCGCGCCAUCCUCGGCGCCCCAAACCCAUCCAACCCUCAAAACGGCUCCCUCCGUGACAUCGCCACCCACGCCCGCAUCUUCUACUACGCCCAGCGCAUCGGCGUCCAGAUCGACUUCGCCGCCUACCAGACCUGGCUCUCUCAGCACCCAGAAUACCCGCCUCCGCACAUCAUCCCCUCAGAGUACGAACAGCAGCAGUCGUCGGAAUCACCAUCGGCAUCUUCUGCUUCCGCAACAGCAUGGCAGCAAGCCGCCCCCAAAGCCGACCUCUACGUUGACCGUAGUGCCCAGUCUCAGGCUUCUGGCGAGGGCGGCGAACCAUCGUAUCCUUUGGCUUUCGCAGAGAUGAUCAAGCUUAUCCAGGAAGGCAAGCCGAUUCCCGGCAUCAGACAGAUUCCCAACACUAUUGAACGAGAUUCCACUGUUAAACCCGUGGGAUCUCGCCCCGUGCCCAGGAAACCUUGGGAAAGAGAGGCCACCACAGCCGCUGAUACGGGUGCCGAUGGUAUCGUGAACGCUCUGGAUCUGGAAUUUCCCCCAGUUGAGCAUCAGGUAGAAGGAGAAGCAACAGCUGCUGCGACAGGAUCUUCAUGA